AUGCCCGCCGUUUCAAUUGAAUCGUUGCGAGCUCCUCCUUAUCUUCUCGUUCUCGUUCUCAUUCCACUGUGGUUGCUAUGGCCACACACAUUCCAUUAUGUUCUUUGGGCGAUUGCACUCAUUCUGACGACUGUGCUGGCACUGGUCUUUUUCAACAUUGCCGUAUUACUUGUAUACAUUCGCUACUUUUUAUCACCCACCAAGCACAAGCCUCAGGACUUUAAGCCAUUACGUUUUGCCAGUGAACGGAUAUGGGCGAGCAUUGAACAACAACGACAACAAGAGAAUGACGACGAUGGGACAAACACGCCACCACCACCAUUGGAUGUGGCACCAGAGUCAAAAGAGGUUUCUGAUGCAUUCGAGCAACUCUUGUCCUACGUGUUACGCGAUUUUAUCGACUAUUGGUUCGUGUAUGUGGCCGGGCCGCAUGAGAGAUCCUUUCGCAAAAAGGUGGAUGAAUUGAUACGAUUAUCGGUGGUGGCAUUGAAGAAGCGAGUUCAAGAAGCCGAUCUUGUGGGGAUCCUUGUCAAUCGCCUUGUUCCCAUCAUCACUGCUCAUAUUUCCGAUUUUCGUGCAGCCGAGAUUGCACUACGAGGACGCUCACUAGAACGCUCGGUGACCCAGUCGGAUGAACUUGAUUUGCUAUUGGCGUCGCAGUUUCGGAACGGGCGGCUGCAUUCCGCUUUGACAACAGCUGCUGUAACCACCAAACCCACCGAAGUCGUGCAUUUACGCAAAGUCAUUGAACAUGUCAUGCCAUGUGUGAUGGACCAGAAGGAAUUAUCCAGCACCCCUGUAUCGGUUCUUAUUCGUGAAAUCGUUUCAUGCGCCAUUCUUCAACCCGUCAUUGAUAUGGUGGCAGACCCAGACUAUUGGAACCAGACCAUUGACACUUAUUUGGGCAAAGCUAUUCGUGAACAGAAAAUGGUGCACAAGCUUCGUGAAGUAUUGAAUCGUCAUUCCACCGAACUUGACUUGGAAGAAGCCCUUGCUGCAGCUAAACCACAGCCCUCGCCUAUCAAUGGAGGACCAAGACGCCCUAGUCGUAAUCGUAGCCGGCCCGAAUUGUUGCAAGCGAGUUCACUCUCUUCCAUCUUUGAUCAAGCUGAUAAUGAUGCCUUUUCUCGUAUUCGUAUGGGCAAACGAUCGUUUCAAGAGUUUUUGAGAAUGAUUGAGGAUGAAAAGAAUUUGCUCGAGCUCAAGCGUGUUCGCAACGACAUUGUUACACAGCUACGGAAAAAGCGGGUCCAGAUCCAUGAUCGAGAUCCUGAUGAAGUGAUGGAUGGCGAACGUGUUGGCGAUAUCACGAUCUAUUUGAAUCGUCUCAGUGUUGCCAAGAGACGUGUUGAUAAGCGCAUUGCAUUGCUCACGGGUCAAACGUAUGAUAAGGGUUUCGGCAGAACAUUCUUUGGUGGAUCUUCGCAUCGUCGACGCAGUGAAGCUUUUCCGAGUCAACCCUUUGGAUACAGCCUUGAUGAUAUUCUCGCCAAUCCUGCCGGCUUGUCCUAUUUCAUGGAGUUUAUGGAUAGGCGAGGUGACAUUAUGAAAUUACAAUUCUGGUUGAUCAUUGAAGGAUUCAAGAAAAGCGACCCAUCAUCACAAUCAGCAUCCACCUUUUUGCAAGAUGUCAAUAUGGUGUAUACGAUGUAUCUUAUGGAGAGUGCGCCGCAUCGUAUCAUUUUGCCCGAUCCUCUUGCCGAUGAUUUACAUGAAGCCAUUUCGCGUGCUGAGCAUGCUAUUCAAGAUUCCCCUCUCGAGAUACCCCACGCCGUACAGCGCAUGCGUUUACGGCUUUAUGAGAUCCAGCGCCAUGUGUUUUAUCAGUUGGAAAAGGAUCAUUUCCCUUAUUUCAAGAGAUCCGAUUUGUAUUUCAAGUUCCUUGCAUCAACUCCCAAUGUCAUUCAAGAACCAGCCAUACACGAAGAUAUGUGUAUCGAUGUAACCCCCAGCAACCAAUCGAGUACUGGAAGCAUCAUCAAUGCAAUGCGACCGGUGCCAUUACAAAGAACAUCAUCUGCAAGCAUGAACAAGAACAAAUCAUCAUGUUGGGAUGAUGUUCCACUCGAUCAAGCAUGUCGUGCCGAAUCAGAUACAGAAAUCAGUAAAGGCAAUCGUGCCAAGAAGCAGCAGCAACAGGAUCAAGUUGAGAAAUCAGCACGUGGAGGACAUGCGAGAACCCUAUCAGAGACAGCACAUGGCGGUAUUGCACGUUUCUUCGAAUGGGGAAAGACUUCAGCCAAUGAUUGGUGGGGUGGAAAUGAAUCCAACAUGGAUGAAGAGAACAAUAGCAAUAGCAGCAGCAGCAGCCCAAGGCAAUCGCUUCAAUCAUUUGAUACCGAUGAUUUAUCCACUGAGGAUGAUGAGGAUGAUGACCAAUCCACCACUGCUGUGGAUGAACAUAUACCCCAACAAGAAGACGAGAUACCACCAUUAUCAACAUCAGCUACAUCACGACAUCCACUUGUACGUACAAAUACAGUGAAAGCUGUAGAGGCUGAAUUACAAUCCAUCAUUGAUUGGGAUGAUAACACUGCCACUACCACGGAUGACAAUGCCAAGGUUGGGAAAAGAAAGAUAUCUUCAGGAUCAUCAACGUUAUCAUUUUCACCACCACCGACACCAUCUCCCAAAAAGCAAAUCAGCUCGCCCCUCUUGUUACGUGAUCCUCGUGGUGCAAAGUCAACAACAGCUGUGCCUGUUCAACAUGGAGUGACGUUGCAAUCAUGGGCCUCUUCCACUGGUUCGAGCGUUAUACGAGAAAUAUCAGAUGAUGCGCAAGGAUUUGAUGACCAGAAUAUAUUGAAAACGAUGUCCAGUGAAGAUGGCAGUAUACAACAACAACAACAAGAGCAGCAUACAAAAUCACAUACGGCAAACGUUCAUCUUGCUCCACCUGGUGAUUUGAUGUUGUCUUCAGCCAUUGAGCGAUUAUCGGAUGAAGUGGAAAAGCUUAUGCAACAACAAGCCAUUGUGGAUCAGCUGAUCAAAAAGGCAGAAGCUAGCAACAUGGGAGAGAAGUUGAGGAUUCUCAAGAAAAGCAAAGCCAUGUUUAGGCAAGAGAUCCAGCAGCUAGAAUACCAAAAGAAUCAAUACGAGGCCCAAGAAUCAGAAAAUGUCCUGAUACCUCAUCGAACAAGGGUUAGUGUGACAAGUUCGACUAUUGGCAAUGAUGCUGCUGGGGAUUUUGCACUUUAUGUGAUCGAGAUACAACAGCUUGGGAUUGAAGGGAACUAUAAUUCUGGAUGGAUGGUGGCUCGACGCUAUAGCGAGUUUUUCGCAUUGCACACCAAGUUGAAGGAACGCUAUGCCAUUGUCAAGAGCUUGGAUUUUCCUGCAAAAUGGCCAUUGUUACGACUCCAAAAGGGAUUUGUGGAAGGACGCAGGGCAACAUUGGAGCGAUAUCUACGUCGAUUAUUGGAGGAUCGUAAUAUAUGCCAAAGUCGAGAAUUACGUGCGUUUUUAUCUCAACAAAGUGUACAUGGUGGAUUUGAUGGCGUUGUUCCAUCUCGGUCUACAGGAAUGAAAUCCUCUGAUUUACUCAAGCAACAACUGCAACCAUCCUCCAGCACUUCAAGCACAGCAUCAUCCAAGAGCUUUCAACGAUCCUCAGGCAACAACAAUGAUAUCAUGCCAACUGAGCAAGCACUUCAAACAGGGUUUAUGCGCAAUAUCUACAAGUCUGUGGCAGACGGGAUUGAUGAUUUAUCUGUUGCGCCGUCGAUGCUCGAUUUCAUUACACAGCAACUGGUUGGCAAGCAAUUUGUUGGAUUUAUUGAUGAAGAGGCGAAUACAAAGGAGACAAAUGACGCUACUGGUUUCCAUGCAACCACCCCUGCUGUUCCUCCUGAUUUCGUUGAUCCGCUCAAGGCACAAGCAGAAGAAGCAACCAAUUUGACAGAGUCCCUUUGUGAUCUUUUUGUGGAGAUGUUUGAACUCAAGGAAAAGAACAAUUGGCUUCGACGACAAGCCUUAGUGAUCAUCCUACAGCAAAUCCUUGGUGGCACUAUCGAAAGACGAUUACGUGACACAGUGGUUUUUCUGGAAUCUGAACCCAUGAUCGUUUUUUACCUUCGCAAGAUCUUGGAUAGCUUGUGGCCUGGUGGUCAAUCGCUUACGUUUAAGCCUCCACGACAACCCGAUGAGAAGCAGCGUACCAAAGAGGCGGCGAAUCGAAAGUUGUCAACAUGGUUACCAGAUUUGAUUGGCCAGAUGGUAGGACGACAAAAUGCAAGACGAGGUGCACGACGAUUGUUUACGGUGCUUCAAAACAAACGAUUGAACCAAGAUCUAUUAUAUACCCUUUUUGACGAGAUCGUUUCAGCCUUAUUCCCAGAGAUUGAUCUUUCAUCUUGUAAAGUAUAG